AUGGCGGCGAGGCACGCUGCCACGCAGUUCUUGCGUGAGGACAGACUGGAUCGUAGCCUAAGCAGCAUCAGGAAGAACCGGCACGCCGACGACCUGGACGUCGACUGCGCUGCACUACAGAAGAUUAUCGCCUACACCUCCCGAGAGGCGCACACCUGCGUCGAGAAGGCCGCCAAGAUCUGCCUCAUCCAACUGCGCGUGCUACCGACCGACAAUGAACACCGUCUGCGGGGGGACGCUCUCCGCAAGGGUAAAGCGAAAAAGGGCUGCGUGACGCGCGAUUUGUUGAGGAACGGGUUUCGACAGGCGAUGGAAAAAGACGAGCACAACGGGCUGAUGCCGUGUUUCGUGUGCGCGACGCUGGGCACGCAGACCACGUGCGCAUUCGACAACCUGCACGAGAUCGCGAUGGAGUGCCGGCGCAAGACCGCCGUCUGGCUGCACGUGGACGCCACGUACGCGGGCAACGCGCUUAUCUGCCCCGAGAUGCGCCACUUGGCCGACGGCCUGGACCGCGCCAACUCGAUCAACGUGAGCGCGGACAAGUGGCUGCCGGUCAACUUCGACUGCGCGUGCCUGUGGGUGCGCGACUACUUCCAGCUGGUCGAGGCGUUCUCGACGCACCCGCUGCAGACGCAGCAGGAGCGCGACAACCCGGUCCUCGACUUCCGCCACUGGGGGCUGCCCCGCGAGCGCCGCUUCCGCGCCCUCAAGCUCUGGUUCACCUUCCGCAAGUUCGGCAUAGCUGCCCUCCAGGACCGCAUACGCAACCACUGCUCACUCGCCAAACUGUUCGAGGACUUGCUGCGUGGGGACGGGCGCUUCAGAGUCAUGGACAGUGCCAAGAUGGGUGUGGUGUGCUUCCGCCUGGAGUCGCUGAGCUUCCCUACUGAGUGCCACCAAAACCACCUCACGGAGCUGCUGCUCGCCUACCUCAACGCCUCUGGCCGGAUGUGGGUGACGCCUGUAGAGGUCGAUGAUCUCCUCGCCAUCCGCCUGUGUGUUGGAUCGUCUCUCACCAAGGAGGAGGACAUAGAGCACACGUGGCACCGCGUGGUGGACAGCGUGUUCCGCAUCGAGGCGAGCAUGUGGACGGAGAAGGUGCCGGAGCACCACGUGAGCAGUGCGGACCGCGAGCAGCAGCUGAGCCUGCUGCGCUACCUCAACGGCACGGUGACGGCGCCGCCCAUGCGCUACCGACGCCUGCAGGCCGCGCAGCUGCUGCGCGACCCCUACGGGCCCUUCCUCGUGCCCGACUCCGACGACCGCAUCGCCGACAUCUUCGACCUCUCGGACCUCGCCAGGGCCUACUCGCGCGUCUGA